AUGUCUGCGACGGGAGAGGGAGACAUGACCCUAGGUGGCCCGGACAGCCCCAUGGGCAUGGCGGGAGCGUGGGCCAGGGCGGCCGGAGCCGGCGACGGGGUGGGCAGUGAGUCCGGGCCCCACGGGGCGGCCGGCGUCCGGGGCGCCGCGGGAGGCCUCGGGGAGGCGGCGGGCGAGCAGGGGGCCGCUGCGGCGGAGGGCGGGAGCGCCGGGGAAGACUCGGACAUCGGGCCGGCCGAGGAGGGCGAGGAGGAGGCGGGCCGGGACCUGGUGGUGGACGCCCACCUGUUCCCCAUGGCGAACUUCCGCCUCAUGUUCCUGGACCUGGUGCGCUCGCUGCUGCACCGCGUCUACUACAACGACCACGUGCUCGUGCGGCCCCGCGCCGGCCGCCUGCUGCUAGGCCGACCCCGGCCUCGGGCGCCCGACGGCGCGGCCGAGCUCCACGCGCCCCAGCCGCCGCCAGAGGGGGCCGCUGCCCCGGCGCCCGCGGAGGAGGCCACCCGGGAGCCCCCGGAGGAGGCCACCCGGGAGCCCGCGGAGGAGGCCACCCGGGAGCCCGCGGAGGAGGCUGCCGCCGCUGCGGGGGGGGGGCGCCUCGUGGGCGCAGCCGGGGCACGUGCCGCCCGCCCAGCGCGGCCCGGGGGCGAGGCCGUGGGUCCGGGUCCCCAACCCGCCGAGGGGCCAGUGGGCCCGAUUCCGUGCCACCUUGACGGUUGUGAGGAACAGUACGCGGCCGUGGCGCAGCCUCUGAUGAGAGCUGAGACCACCCGGGCGAUUUCGGAGCCGCCGGUGCCUGUCGGCCGAGGCGGCGUUCGCGGGGAGCUGUUCUCUGAAUGUCUGGUCCCAACAUCUCUGUUGUUCUUCACUAAAGAAACAACUAAAUGUCGGUAUGAAAACGCGAAUGAAGAGGUCGAGGACGCUGAAAGUAAGGAAGAAAAAGAGAAGUUUAACAGAAAACAGGAAGGACCCGAAAAGGAUCUGGACCCAGCAGAGAGCACGCUGAGAAAAUCCAGUUGCGAGGAAUAGAAAGAAGAUGGAAGAAGAAGAA